GGGCUGACUGACAAUCUUGUUUUCAUUUCGUUUCAAUCGCUCUGAGCUGAUCCAUCUUUCUUCAAAUAGUUUCAAAGUUUACUUGCCCUUCAUUCAACGAAUUUAUCGUGAAAAUGACGGUCGUUUCGCCUGAAAAAACAGUGAGGUGUUGGGCAUCACUUCUGCUCGUAUUGGCUUAUGCCAGUUUAACGUUUGCCCGUCCACAUCAUGCCGAAACGCAGCCGAUGUUGAUGCGCUUCUGUGGCCGUGAACUGACGCGAGUCAUUGACGAAUCCUGCUCGGUUUUUAAGAUUCCCUCUCAUCUCGAUCUGGUCGCUCUCAAUCAGUCUUCUUCGCACGCAGAAUCUACCCCAGAAGACCCAACCGAAAGCCAAUUGACACAACGGACGGAAUUGGAUAAUAGCAAACGGGAUUCUCUGUUACGACAGUGCUGCGUGAUUGGCUGUACCGAGGAGGAGUUGAUCACCUUCUGUCACGCCGAUAGGAAUCAAAUUGCGGAAGCAGCGCUCCAGCUGAGGCAUGAAGACAUGGAAAUGGAUUGGCUUUAUGAAUUUUUACCGCGAAUCGGAGCCACCCAUGAAUAAAUUUUGGGGAAAUCCAUUAGGUUUGUUUUUCGUUAUGAUUUAGCCGUUGAAACCUCAUCGAAAUGUUUCCUCUUGUUUGUUUGUAAACGAAUUUCCGCUUCGAACGACGCAUUAAAAAUGCAAGUUAUAAUAUAAUUAACCUUUGAUGCAUCUAUUAAUAAAACGAAUGUAUUUCAACUUCAA